ACUUAGUUGCAGCAUUAGACCUCUCUCACACAAUCACACUUCUUAAAAACCCUGACCUUUAUAAACUCUUCUCAUCACAUAUAAAUCAAACCCUUAUUUUAUUUUAUUUUAUUUUUUCUAUCUACCCCAAUUUCAGACAGAACACCACUUAAUUUGUUCUUUUGUCUCUUUCAUCUCCAUCUUCUGUUUGCUAAGCCUAACAAUAUGUCCAAAGCAACUCUAGUAAGGAAACAAGUUGUAGAGAAGAAGAACAUUUUCAUGAAAGAAAAAGAGAUAAAGCCAAGCAGCCAAGGCUUUUUCUCUAAACACCUCAAGAAAGUGUACCCAAUCGGGUUAAACAGAAGCAACUCUUCUCUUUCUUUAUCAUCACUAUCAUUAUCUCUAUCGCAGAACUCCAAUGACUCUUCUCUUACAGAUUAUUCAACUCCACUUGAACAGAAGAUAUCUUUAGCUCUUCGUUUAAUUUCUCCGCCGCCAGCAAGAAGAGAAGCACCACCACCACCUGUCUCCAAGAAUGUUCAACAACAGCAGCAACAGCAACAGAGCAUGCAAUCUCAAGAGUCUAAUGGUGGAGAGUUGACGAGGUGCAAUUGGAUUACAAAGAACAGUGAUGAAGUAUAUGUCGCAUUUCAUGAUGAAUGCUGGGGAGUUCCGGUCUAUGACGAUAACAAAUUGUUCGAGCUACUUGCCUUGUCUGGUAUGUUGAUGGACUACAAUUGGACUGAAAUUUUAAAAAGAAGAGAAUUAUUCAGAGAAGCUUUUGCUGGAUUUGAUCCUAAGAUUGUUGCCAAAAUGGGAGAGAAGGAAAUCACAGAAAUAGCCUCUGACAAGACAAUCAUGUUGGCUGAGACCAGAGUUAGGUGCAUAGCAGACAAUGCCAAAUGCAUAGUGAAGAUUGAGAGGGAAUUUGGAUCAUUUAGUAGCUAUAUGUGGGGGUAUGUGAAUUACAAACCAAUGAUCAAUAGAUACAAAUAUCCAAGAAAUGUUCCAUUAAGAACUCCCAAAGCAGAGAUAAUUAGCAAGGAUUUACUGAAAAGAGGAUUCCGGUUUGUCGGACCGGUGAUAGUUUACUCGUUCAUGCAAGCAGCAGGGUUGACGAUUGAUCAUCUUGUUGAUUGUUUUAGGUAUGGUGAAUGUGUAAGUCUAGCAGAAAGACCAUGGAGGCAUAUCUAAUUAUUUCCAAACUCUUUCAAGUGAGAUUGUGAGAGCUCUCCAAAGGGAUAAUGUAAAUACAAGUGAUUUGGAUGGUCUUUUUAAUUUAAUUUUUAGUUCUAAUCUUGUGUUUUGUAUGAUAAAAUCGGAUAGAAAACAUGUAAUUGGGAUUUUUAAUAGCUCAUUUUCUUUUCUUUUCUUUUUUUAUUGUCAAUGGUCAUCUUUCAAUCAAUUAAUAGAUGGUUUUGAUUUGAGUA